GCACUGAUUUCUGACUCCUGCUGUCACACGAGUUCUGUGGUCGCCAUGCUGCCGUCACGGGUACCACUCCAGCUGCCAGCAGCGAUGGCAGUGUCGCUGGCGUACCUCAACGCCGGCAUGUUUUUCGGCUGGAGUUCGCCGAUAAUCCCGGAGCUGCAGAAGAACACGUCGCACAUCCCCAUCACGGAGGACGAGGGCUCGUGGCUGGCGUCCGUGGGGCUGCUCGCCUCGGUGCCGCCCACUCUGCUGCUCGGCGUGUUCGUGGAGACUGUUGGCCGCCGAUGGGCGUUGCUGUUCGCUGCCCUGCCCCUGCUGACCGUCGCUGUGUGGCAGCGGUUCGCCACCACCUUCGGGGAACUGCUCGCCACCAUCGUGGUGGGCAGCGUCAGCACGAGCAUCAUCCUACCUCUGGGACCCGUUUACUUGGUUGAAAUAGCCGAGGACCGAAUCAGAGGAUUCUUGGUGUCAAUGGCUACAACGAUGGCGGGACUCGGUUCCCUGCUGAUGACCGCUGUUGGGCCAAAACUGUCUUUCUUCACGGUGACCGAAAUCAUGAUGGUCUGGCCGGUCUUGUUUGCGGCCGUCUUCUGGUGGAUGCCGGAGAGUCCGUACUUCUUGUUGGCGAAGCAUCGCAAGGACGAAGCGACCAAGGCGCUGAUGAGGCUGCGCGGGAAGAGUUCGGAGGAGGAGGUGCAGGCAGAGCUGGAGGUCAUCCAGAGGGGACUGGAGGAGAACACGCAAAAGGAGGUCAGCGCAGCAGACGCCUUCCGGGAGCUGCGGAGGAACGCCACGUCGCGGAGGCUCUUCAUGCUAUCAAUGGUGUUCACGAUGUGCGUGGUGCUGAGCGGCGUCGACGCCAUCAAUGCCAACACGCUGCAUAUCCUGGUGGAGAGUAACAGCUCGCUGGACGCUGAGCUUUCGGCCAUCGGCGUCUCCAGCAGCACGGUGCUGUCCUGUAUUGUCUUCUCCCUCGUGGUGGACCGACUGGGUAGGAAGCCACUGCUGCUGUUCUCCUUAUGUGGCUGCUGCGUCGCCACUACAUCCCUCGGCGUCUACUUCUUCCUCAGCAUCUACGCCAGCGAGGGCACCACAGACGCUGUCUUCUGGCUGCCUCUUACCGGUCUCAUUGUCUAUUUUGUGUCCUUCGGCAUGGGCCUGAACUCUCUGCUAUGGGUGAUGCCCAACGAGCUGGUGCCGCCCUCGCUUCGAGUGCUGGCCUCCUCCUCCGUCUACGUCUUGGUGGCGGUGUUGGGCUUCAGCGACACCAAGCUGUUCCAGGUGGUCACCGACGCCUACGGCGCUUUUAUACCUUUCUGGUUUUUCGCGACGUGCUCUUUCCUAGGGGUUAUCUUCGUGUGGUUCUGCAUUCCUGAGACCAAAGGACGCUCGUUGGCCGACAUAUCAUCUGAGAAGAGCGUCGAACCUUCUCCACAGCACGACCAGUCCAGCCAACCAACUUGAUCACUCAGGCGAAUACAGACGGUAUUUUAGCACCCUGAGAGAUACAGCAAGCUGUAUGAUGCCGACAGGGGCUAUACCGUUUCAUCUACAUUGUUAAAUGGGGACUUGCAUCUCUCAAUCGUGAAUGUUGGACUAAUGAUGUACACUUCCUGUGGAGGAACCGGUGGAAGGAUGACAGACAUCGCUUGAAAUGGACAACCUCUAUGUUUGUAACUUCUGGAGUGUGGUAAAAACCUACGACACAAUAACUCAGAAAGUGGUCCCUCCGACAACAGCAACAGCAGAAUCCUGUGUUCAGUAACCCCAAAAUAAUGAGGGCAGACUCUUUACACAGGAACAACUUACUUUUAUUUUGUACAUCGUUGUAUAAUAAACGUUUAUGUUUUUUUACUGGUACUUAUAGCCAGUUUCCUUGUAUACUUUAGAGGCCUACGACAUAAUACCUCUCAAAGUAGUUCCUCCGAAAAGAGCAAGAGCAGAAUCCUGUAUUCAGUAGCCCAGUGGAAUAAAAUAAGACUCUUUAGAUAGGAACAACUUACUUAUAUUUUUUACAUCGUUGUAUAACAAAUGUUCAUGUUUUUUACUCGUACUUAUAGUCAGUUUCCUUGUGUACUUUGGAGACCUACGAGAUACUACCUCUAAAAGUGGUUCCUCAGAAAAGAGCUACAGCAGAAUCUGCAUUCAGUAGCCCAGUGUAAUAAAAUAAGACACUUUACAUAGGAACAACUUACUUGUUUUUUUUUACAUCAUUGUAAAAUAAAUGUUUAUGUUUUUUACUGGUACUUGUAGCCAGUUUCCUUGUGUACUUUAGAGGCCUACGGCAUAAUACCUCUAAAAGUGGUUCCUCCGAAAAGAGCAACAGCAGAAUCCUGUAUUCUGUAGCCCCAGUGUAAUGAAAUCAGACUCUGUACAGAGGAACAACUUACUUGCAUAUUUUACAUCGUUAUAAAAUAAAUGUUUAUAUUUUUUACUGGUA